AUGCCGGUGCAGAUCAGUACGUUUAAAGAACGCUCACAUUCGCUAGAUCCGACUUGCACCAGCCUACAGGUUAGCAUUUGUCACAAUUUUCGGGUUUUGAAUUCCAUGCACCCAUGUUUUUCGAUGGUGCGGACACUGUUAUAACCAAAUAGGGCUUUUACCUACUUUUCUUGAAAGCUCAGCAAGAGUGUGCUGGCCGUAUAUUCAGCAGUGCUUAUGUGCAGAUCCAGGUCUUGGGCCUAAUACUACUGCCCGUGGGAUCCUUUAACAUCGCCACCACAGAAAGAAGAAGUUAAAAAUUACUAAGGACCUAUUGCCGUUCCUUCCUGCAUCUAACACUGACUCCCCAAGGUCUCGCAAAAAGAGUCUAGAUCGAGUUCUCGGAAUUUUAAUCACAGGAAGCCUUUUUAAGGAGAGUCUCAUCGUCGCCGUCGGAAGCAAUAGACCUCGGUAUCUGACUGUAUGCGGCCUGUAAAUGGGCGCGUCUCGAAGAUUCCAUGCCUCACCAGCGAGAACAACGCGAAACGAUAGUGCAGUGCAGUUUUUGGGUAUGUUGAGCCACCUCGACAGCAGAGCGGCUGUCGAAUUUGCUAGAAAUGAGCCAGUAAAUUAAACUGUAGUUCAACUACAGAAGACUUCCAAACGGAGGUGGUAGCAACAAUGAGAUUGCAAACUUCCUCGCAUGAUAUCACAAGCCCUUCCUGCAAUUCCUGUAUUUGUUCAACGAAGACUCCUGAAUGGAGAAGACAACAUGACAGACCAGCGUUUUAGAUUUCUUCUCGCCAGGCCUGUAGGAGUAAGUUUGUCUGAGUCGUUUGGGAUUGUUUGAAAAAUUGUUUGCAUGGGGAAGGAAUCUGUGUCAACCUGUCCUGGUGAACUGAGAGUUGAAUUCAAAUAGUCUGCGUAAAAUUACACCCAGGCAUUCAGAUAAUUUAUUCAGCCAUAUCAAUCGCAGGAUCGGCAUGAUAUUCUUUCAUGAGCACAGAAACAGGGCUUUCGUCGUCUCCGUUGUGGCCAGUUGGUGCCACUUUAAGAACUUUUAGUAGUUCUGUCCCACUGUUAAAUACCCGCUGCUCAGUGUCUGUCAUGGGAAUGAAGAUCAAAUUAUUGACCAUCCUUAUUUCGCGUUUUCCAAGCAACGCUGUCGGGGCUUCUUGUAUCCUUUGAAACGGAUCGAUGCUGCUCCAAUCUAUGAAGCUCGUUCAAAUAGGUAAGUCAGAGAUGGCAUCUUGGCGAGGAGUUGACAGUUUGUCUUUGCAGCCUAACCUUAAAACCAGGUUUACAAGAACAUAAUUUGUCAUUAUUGACGGUAAAAGUCUGAAUGAACCGCCUCUUUACUACUUAGCCUGGUGUUUCACUUUGUCAAGUUACUUCAAAAAACGGGUGUGUCUUUUCUGUUCUUAAGCUUUUGAUUUUUUUCGGUCCUUCAUCAAUGUUUUUUUAGCAACAAUUACUUCUGUCAAACCUACUUUCCUCAGCAAAUGCUGGGUCCUUUUCAUUCAUACUUCGAGGUCGCCUUUGGAGCCGCCACUUGCGACUCUGCUAGCCAAACAACGAACAGCGUUUGGUUUCUGUUUGAGAAACAUAAAACUUGUGAACAGCGUCUACCGUCCCGACCCGGGAUGCCGCCUUCAGAUUUUCGUCGUAGGUAACAAGUUUACCUGUACAAUGAUUUACCGUACUAACAACACAGGUAUUAGCUAAAAGCCCAUGGGCUUUUUUCCUCGGAAACUAAACAAGGCAACAAGUUUACCGUCCUCCAUCAAUGAUUCGAUCUUUCGCGACUCUCAAUGCUUCGAAAAAAUAUUCUAGCUGGCAAAUUCGCGUGGAUCAGACUCUCCGUUAACUAGCUAGCGGUUUUUUACGAGAUUACCCAGGGUAAUGGACUGCGGGUAAUUUUGGUCCUCCGUGACCGUUUCGUCCAUCAGGACUGACCGAUAAAUACGGAAACUUUUAGUCUGCUUGAUUCUCGCUCCUGGGUCCCCUCCUCUUCGUGUUGGACGAAAGGCAUAAGAGUACAUCUGCUUGCACCUCUUCCCAGUCUUUUCUGCUGUCACCAAAUCUGUAAAAAUAUGCUGGGCUGUCACAGACAGGAGCAACUGUCGAUUUGCUUUUUAUCCUGCCGGACGUGUCCCGAGCGCGUAUUGAGGUGGAGGCGGUACAUAGAAGAAGAAAUCAGUUGGUAGGAGGCGCUGAUAAGCGGACGCUCCUCCGCAAGCUCCUCAAGGUAACUUCCGUUGACAGCCCUCGUUCAAAACGCCGACACAGUCAUCCAAGAUCUCGACUGUCUGAAAAAAAGAAAAAAUUCUAGUCGUGCGAACUGUCCUGACAAUCGGACAGACCCGGAUAAGGUUUUGGAUAAUUUGAUAAGCGACACUCGCUUGGAUUUACGUCCACAUCGCUCACUUUAAAACACCAAAGGCGAAGCUUCCAGCGGAUGUCAUCGUUCUCAUGCGUGUGUGUGUGUGUGUGCUCCUAAUGAAUGCGUUUCGCUUAUCGGUCAGAUUGGAUCUAUAGGCUAAUAGACAAAUGGAGACGCUGUUCAGAUAUCGCCUACGGCUAAGAACUUUGUAGGGGAACGACGCCACAGCAUAAAUACAGAUUCGAAAUAGCCGCGGUAGGAUUCAGCGGCCAGUAAUUAUGUGUAGGCGGACGCCGAAGAGGAUGGAGGCGCAAAACUAACUGAGCGGCCAGGAAGGACUGAUAUGCUGAUCUUAUCGUGCGUCUAGAAUGGAGUUCCAGGGGCCUUGGAUUUUGCCGGUGGGCGCACUGAGAGCUGUGAGUGCUGAGAACUGAUGGCGGGGGGGGGGUGUGAUUAAUGUCCUCCCACCUCCCUACUUGGACCAGUGAAGGGUUUGGUCAGAGUCUGUUUGUCUGAAGGAGACGUAGUCAGUAGGGUAAAUCAACCACAAUUCCAGUCAUGUAAAAAGCCCUCCGCCAUCAGGACCAGCAUUGCUUACCCUACCAUUUCCUCCUUCUUCAGAUUCACCUUUGCGAUUUCACUCACACAAAAUGUAGAUGCGGAUAGGCUGUUGACGGUAUUUGUCGACUGUUUCGUUGAGAGUUGAUCUGUACUCCAAUGCACAGUUUCAGUUACCAUAACUUUACUAGCACUCAAAAGGAACUCAAAAACGUUCCUCAGUCUGUUUCGGCAUCCAGGAGACGGUACCAUAAAAAUUUACUGUCCUUUGUAACCUCAUAAUAUGAUUCAAAUAAGCUGUAUUCACCGAAUAAGGGCAUUUUGACGACGGUAAUGUUAUUUGUUUAUAAUAUCGGCUCUGCAAAGGGUGGAUGAGCCUCGCCCCACCCUUCUUUUUCGUACACGAUCCUAACUACUCUUCUCUUUCUACUACUACUACUACUACUACUACUACUACUACUACUACUACUACUACUACUACUACUACUACUAAUACUACUACUACUACUACUAAUACUACUACUACCAAUAAUAAUAAUAAUACUAUUACCCCUUCUCUCUAACCUUUUUACCCCUAAUACUUCCUCUUAUACCUUUGCUACUUCAUUUCAGCGGCCUACGUUUUAGUCCACUCUUCCAUUUCAACCGAUAUAUCCUUCUCCUCCAACACCGCCACCACCACCGCCUUCCUCAUCACGACAUGGCCGAAUGA